GAGAGAGAGAGAGAGUGAGACACGGAUCCGUCAUGAACAUCAGAUGGGCCUUCGACCGCCCCAGUGAUGAACAACUAUCCUGUCAGUCCAUCCCGGGCCGUCCCCGACUUAAGACGAGACCCUGGAGACAGCUUAAUUCAGCAGUGUGAUUAAUUAAAACGGGGCCCAUAAUGGAAGGCACGCACAGCGUACUGCGUCUGUACAAACCCGUCCAGGAGCGCUGCUUCAUCAGUGUGUAUUUCCCAAAAAGAAAGUCCCGAGGUUUCCCACGCGCUGGCCAAACCCUCGGUGAAGUCCAGCCUCUGUGCAGAAGUCAGCAUGAACAAAGAGGACAGUAUUGCAGACCAGCGGAGGACAACAGAGGAGUGUUCACGCAGCUCCUGCUGUCUUUAUGCAGCGACUGCGCACACCGGCUGAGGAUGGGGAACCAGGACGGCAAGCUGGAGGGAUACGGAGAACAUCUGGAACAUGAAAAUAAAAGAGCGUCUUCAAGAGUGCGUAAGCAGAAGAAACUGAGCUCCAAGAAAGCGAACAUCACUGAAGAAGCCAACACAACGAAGAAGAAGACGACACAGAAGGAAACAACACCUCCGUUUCCCUCCAAAUCUGCAGAGUACGUCAGCACUCCAGCAUCCUACAGCAGGCAGCCUCUACUCCCCAUGAAGGAGCACUUCCACAUCGCACAUGACGGAUGGGAUGUGAUGGAGGAGCCUCGCUCAUUCGACAUGGAGCUAUCAGAACUAGAAAACCUCUAUCCGGAGUAUAAGAAACCACAGGGAAACACACACACACACGGGAGGAUACAGAUCACCAAUAAUACACAUCAGACUGACGGAAACAGAUCUAGUGUUCACUUAGGAGGUUUUCAAGAUGAUCAGAUAAACCGGAGAGAUCUUAAAUACUCAAACGUGACUCCCCAGAAACCUCUUUUUAGGGAGCCUAUAACAUGUGCCGGAUUAGAUGCAGAUGAGACAGAAAUCAAGCACUGUUCUCAGAUGACUGAUGAAGAACAUUGUGAAGUAGCUCCUAAUAAUAAAAGGUUAAACGGUCGCUCCUGGACCAGAAGCCCAACAUCUAGCUCUCUGUCUAGUGUCUUCAACGUGUCCUAUCCGCAGACUAACACUCUGCAAAGCAUGUCGCCUUUAUCGUCUCAACUACCGAGUCCGCAAAUGAACCACCGUAUUGUGAUGCUGCCCGAGGAUGAUGAUGAUGAUGAUGGAAAUAGACGCUGCUGUUCUGGAGUUCAGCCGAAGCUCAGCUCUGAGGUCAUUGAUAAAAACGGGAAUCGCAGGACUGUGACGCGGCUGGAGCUCAAGCUGAGCGGGAGUUUAGCUGUAAAUGGAGCCAGCACAUCCUCAGAAAACUCUCUGCUGCGGCCGGAGGACAUCUGGAUGCUGGAUGGGGAGGACUCCAUUACCCAGGAGCCUUUGUGUCGUCCCAGCAGGCCUGAUCACCUGGACUUCCUGAGGAUCACUCCACCCGAGGAUGACAUCAUCGGAGACACUCCGUAUUAUCCCAAACUCGGCAUAACGUCUGAAGUCACGUCUCCAUCCGAUGGCGAAGACCGAACGCCUGGACGUCUGCAGGCCAUCUGGCCUCCACCGAAAGAGGCCGCCGAGGAGAAGGUGGGACUGCGUUAUACUGAAGCAGAGCAUCAGGCCGCACUCCUUCAGCUGAAGAGAGAGAGUAAAGAGGAGGUGGAGAAACUGCAGGCAGAUUUCGAGCUGCGGAUCUUCCAGGUGCGAGGGGAGCAUGCGGAGACCGUGUCCCGCCUGGAAAGCAUCAUCAGCGGGAUGCAGCAGCAGCAGGUGCAGCACCCGGUGCAGGAGCACGGCAAGCUGCAGGAGGUGUGUGUGUCUACUGAAGACGACCUGCCGCCCAGAAGCUUCCGCAAUGUGUGUGUUCAGACCGACCGCGAGACCUUCAUCAAAACCCCUGAGGGGGACGAGCCCAGACCAGCUCUGAGCUCCAGCUCCAGCCUGCCCAAAAAACUCAAUCUGGACUCUAUCAGCAUGAGUCUGGGUGUAGCUCCGCCCACUCCACCUCCUCUCCCUGGUAGCUCCGCCCCUCCUCCGCCUCCUUUACCUGGGGUUGCACAUGCUCCGCCCCCACCUCCACCCCUUCCCGGAGCUCCACCUCCUCCACCUCUUCCUGGUAGCUCUGUCCCACCUCCUCCACCUUUACCUGGGGUUGUACAUGCUCCGCCCCCACCUCCACCUCUUCCCGGAGCUCCGCCUCCUCCUCCGCCCCCACCGGGUCUUCCCGGGGCUCCGCCUCCUCCACCCCUACCUGGUUUUCCAGGAGCUCCGCCUCCUCCUCCACCCCCACCGGGCCUACCAGGAGCUCCGCCCCCUCCUCCAGGACUCCCAGGAGCUCCACCCCCUCCACCUCCUGCUUUCGGUGGUUUUGGAUUCGGACAGGUGGCAGAGAAAGCUCCUCGUAAACCCGCUGUGGAGCCAGCCUGUCCCAUGAAGCCGCUCUACUGGAGCCGCAUUCAGAUUCAGGACAACAAUAAUAACACACUCUGGAGUUCACUGGAAGAGCCUGAUAUCAUAAACACCACAGAGUUUGAGGAGCUGUUCUCCAAAGCAAACCUACAGGCCAAGAAAAAGCCGCUGUCAGACACGUACGAGAAGAAAAACAAAGCCAAAAAGAUCAUCAAGCUCCUGGAUGGGAAGCGUUCACAGGCUGUGGGAAUAUUAAUAUCCAGCCUCCACCUGGAGAUGAAGGACAUUCAGCAGGCUGUUCUGACGGUGGAUCAUUCGGUUGUGGAUCUGGAGACCAUUGAAGCUUUAUAUGAAAACAGAGCUCAGCCUGACGAACUGGAGAAGAUCAAGAAACAUUACGAGUCGUCUAAAGAAGAUGAGCUGAAACUGCUGGAUAAACCUGAACAAUUCCUGUAUGAACUGUCACAGAUCCCGGAUUUCGCCGGUCGCUCUCACUGCAUCAUAUUCCAGUCUGUGUUUGUGGACUCCAUUUCUUCUGUCCGUCGUAAGGUGGAGAUCAUCUCCACUGUCUGCAAGGUUUUUCUUGAUAAUGACAGUGUGAGGGACGUGAUCGGUGUAAUUCUGGCCUUCGGGAACUACAUGAAUGGUGGAAAUCGAACCCGUGGACAGGCGGAUGGAUUUGGACUGGAGAUUCUGCCUAAAUUAAAAGACGUCAAGAGCAGGGACAAUCGUAUGAGUCUGGUGGAUUAUGUGGUUUCAUACUACCUGCGAAACAUGGACGAGAACGCAGGCACAGAUAAGAGUGUUUUCCCGCUGCCUGAACCUCAGGAUCUCUUCCACGCCGCGCAGGUCAAGUUUGAAGAUCUGGCAAAAGACCUUCGCAAGUUAAAGAAAGAGCUGACAGCGUGUGUGAAGGAGGUUCAGCAGGUGUGUGAAAACUCCUCUGAUGAACAUCUACAGCCCUUCAAAGACAAGAUGGAGACCUUCAUCAGCGCCGCUCAGUCUGAAUACACUUCUGAAGAUGAGCGUCUUGAAGCAGCUCAGAAAAGUUUCCAGCAGAUGGUGACUUACUUUGGGCUCAAACCCAAGUCUGGAGAGAAGGAGGUUUCUCCGAACUACAUCUUCAUGCUGUGGUACGAGUUCUGCAGUGAUUUCAAGAACACGUGGAACCGAGAGAGUAAAAACAUCUCCAAAGAGAGGCUAAAAGAAGCUCAGCAAACCGUCCAAAAAAUCACAGCGGAGAAGAAAGUGGAGACAAAGAAGAUCAACGCAAACAGCCUAAAAGAGCGACUGCGAAAGAAAGAAGCAGGAGUUUCAUCCAGCUGAGAUGUUGGAGAGAAAGGACAGAAAACACGGAGGAUCCUCUCACGAGCGCUUUCAUCAGAAACACACGGAGGGAGCGUCUGUCAGUGUUUGUGUUCAGACUGAGCACAGAUCAGUCUCCGGGUGUGAAAACAGCAUCAGACGGCAGGUAACGCUCACAGCACAGCCAGAAAACACCUUCAGUAGCAGAGAACGUCUUAUUAAAGCUGUUUUAAAGGCUCGUUAGGACACAUCCGUAUCUAAUCAGCAGUGCCUCAUACUCAUCAAACAUGGCCUAUGAUAAACCCCGCCCACAUCAACAAACACUACACUCGUUUAUAGUCAAGACUAUUGCUUUUGAACCAUCCUAAAGUCUGUAUAUUAGGGUAUUUUAUGAUAACAGUUCAUUAAUGAAUGCUCCAGCAUACUGUAGUAAUAACUAAAGAGAACCGAUGAACUGUAAUAAAUACUGUAGUAUACUUUAGUUUUUACUACAGUAAACUGUGCUGUAUUGUAGUAUAAUACCCUAUAGUAAAAAAUACAGCAUUGGCCAUUUAUUUCUAUUAUUGUAGUUGUCCUGUUACCAUAGCAACUGUGGACUCACCACAACAGAUCAAUUACUGUAGUUGUUGUGUUGCCAUAGCAACUGUAAAAUCUCAACAACAGAUCAGUUACUAUAGUACUUGUGUUGCCAUAGAAACUGUAGAAUCACCACAACAAAUCAGUUACUAUAGUUGUUACCAUAGCAACUGUGGAAUCACCACAGCAGAUCAGUUACUAAAAUUGUUGUGUUGCCAUAGAAAUUGUAGAAUCACCACAACAGAUCAAUUACUAUAGAAGUUGUGUUACUAUAGCAACUGUAGAAUCAGCACAACAGAUCAAUUACUAUAGUUGUUAUGUUACUAUAGCAACUGUAGAAUCUCCACAAAAGAUCAGUUACUGUAGUUGUUGUGUUACCAUAGCAACUGUAGAAUCACCACAACAAAUCAAUUACUAUAGUUGUUGUGUUACUAUAGCAACUGUAGAAUCACCACAACAGAUCUGUUUCUAUAGUUGUUGUGUUGUCAUAUGAACUGUAGAAUCACCACAACAGAUCUGUUAUUGUAGUUGUUGUGUUACUAUAGCAACUGUAGAAUCACCACAACAGAUCUGUUUCUAUAGUUGUUGUGUUGUCAUAGGAACUGUAGAAUCACCACAACAGAUCUGUUAUUGUAGUUGUUGUGUUACUAUAGCAACUGUAGAAUCACCACAACAGAUCUGUUUCUAUUGUUGUUGUGUUACUAUAGCAACUGUAGAAUCUCCACAACAGAUCUGUUACUGUAGUUGUUGUGUUACCAUAGAAACCACAGGAUCACCACAACUGAUUCAUUCAAGGACUUAACUAUAGUAUGGUUCAGAUGCACUGCAGUGUCCACUAUAAAUGACUCUAGUAUUUCUGAUUUGGGUGGUUUUCUUAAACUGUGUUUGUACUUGAACAGGAUUCCUCUUUUUUCUGUUUUGUGGCUUCACUUAUUCCCUUUUGCCAAAAUGCUUAAUGAUUUGUGACGCACUUUUACACUCACUAUGCAAAUAUCCUGAAGAAUCUAUAAGGUAUAAAUGAUAUCCAGCCAUGUGUUAUGAGGAGGAAUGAUCCUAUUAUUGAGUGUUUGAUGACAUUUGUGUGUGUAAAUGAGUCAAUGACUUUCCCUAUUUAUUCACAGAAUGAAGAUCAUGUUAAAACAUGAUGUUGUUUCCCUGGGAAAAAUAUGUUUCAAAUAAUUGAAUGAGCAAAUGUGUUGAAAGCUCAGCAUACGUGGUGUUUUUAAAAUGUUCAGCACCUCAGAACUCCUGAUACAUUGCUGAUAUUUUUAUAUUAGGCCCAACCGUGAUGUUUGUUUUAAACCUAUUAGGUGCAAUAAACGUUUAUGAACGUCAGCCUCUGUGAAAGAGUUACAAAACUCAAAGGAAAUGUGUCUUCUGAUUUAUUGCAUACUCAUAUUAUUUUAUUAUUAAAAAUAUUGACAUUUUAAA